AUGUCACCAUGCUCCUUUGAUAAUACUAUUGAGGAGAUCUCCAAGUGUAUUGCCGAUCCUUAUGCCUCUGAACUCCAGUCUUUACUUGGUAAACUUGGUACAGACUUGCGGGAUAUACAGAACAGAGCAGAACUUACAAAGGUAUCUAAUGUUUUGAUAUUGCUACUUAAUUUUUUAAUAACAAAAAAGCUCUCUGUGGAAUGCGAGAUGCAAUUAUAUCGGGUGCUUGCUAAUUUCGUCUCUGAUAUGCCCGGCAAUAGAAACUUCUUGUUGAAUGAUUACAAUGGUUGCAAAGCCUUCUUCCAGUGGUCCUUUGAUAGACUUCAGAGCUAUGACAAAAUUGAUUCACAAUUGCUUUUCUACAUAUGCGUUUUUAUCUACAAUUUCAUAAUCGACGAAAAAUCAAACCAGGAACCAGCAUUAUACAUUGAUAGAUUUCAAUAUCAAUCUUCAAAGAGGAAUCACACUUCAUGGAACAUAUUAAUAGAUCUUUGUGGUCGGAUCAGCGACAAAGAUGUCGUUGAACUGCUCUUGAAUAUAAUGGAUACAUUGUCUGAUAUCAAGGAAGAAGAUGCUAUUUUUGAGCAACUAGAUACGAUUUCUAUUGAGAAACUGCUCGCCUUUUUUGAUAGUGAAAUACAGAGGGGUGAAAAGGAGUCGACCUGCAUCACUGUAAAAGUCUUAGAAAAUAUUCUCAACAACAAAAAAUUGCAAUUGACUCAUACACAUAAUUUAACUCAGUCUUUAAUCGAAGAAAUGAAACAUUUUUCUGAUGAGAGUAUACUUACAUCCUUGUUUAACAGUGUGAUGCUUGUUUCAGCCGUUUCAGCAACAGUCGAUGAUGGUCUUUCCACAUAUAUUGGUAUAUGGAAAGUAUCGAAGGAGAAUGAUUUAUUAAGAUCACUUUCAUUAAUAUUAAUAAGCAACACGAUAAUUUCUGAUGAUUCCAAAGUAGCAUUGAUGAAGACAAAGGAUGCUCGAAACAUAUUUGAUGACUUUUUUGAACAAGACUACGGUCACUUUUCUAAUGACGGUAAACUCAAGCAUUUAGAGCUUCAGUCAACUGUUUUAAUGAACAAACUAAUUACAUGUGAAACGGCACUAAAAUGGUUCAAUAAUGAUUUUUUGGAGCAUUUUUUGACAGACCUAUCGGAAACGUGCAAGGAAACAAAAUUCAAUACCAUAUUUAAAAACAUUCUUCUUUUGAACCUAAAAUUUCUUCAAAGGCUUUUAGUGAGUUUCCAGAUGCACCCCGAGGUCGACAUGUCCAACGAUAUCUACAAGACUAUACUUGCUUUUACUUUGAAUACGGGAUUGUUCGGCAUUUUGUCGGUAGAUACUACGUUACAACGAGAAAUAGACAUGAUUAAUUUUGCUUUAAUAGAUAGUAUGGCAUUGAGAAAAGACGGAUUCGAUUUGUCUCAUACAGUUGAUUCUGUAUUUGAUAAAGCAACAGGUCGGCUGUCAGAAAAAAUGGGUCCAAUCCCUCUGGAAUACUUGAUGGAAACUUUUAAAUCGGUCGCUUUGGCUAUAUCCCAAGAUGUCAAAUUGAUUGAAACGGAAUGGUUUGCCAAUUUUUUUAGAGUGGCAAAUCUUGCUGUUUCUCAGAAACAAUCCAUGCCAGGCUUGAUCAACAACUACAAGUAUAUUUGUGGAAUUAUCCUCAAUACUGAUACAGUAUCAAGUAAAGAGCUUGCAGAAAAAUAUGCAUUAAUAUGA